AUGAACUUCGGCGGACCAAAGGGAGAAAAACUUGCCCAGCCCAAUCGGAUAGUGGUCCAGUUCUGCCCCUUCGAACGCCUCCCCGUUGGCUUCGGCUUUGCAUACGACGAUGGCAGCGAAGUUUUCUAUGGCUCACGAAGCAUCACGGCUACUGCUGAUAAUCAGAGGGGAUGCGAGCAGGCACCCAGUCUUCGAGGUUUUAAGUUAACGACAAAUGCCUCGGCGCAGUGUGUAUUUGCCAUGCCUCAUCAAGAUAUGGAAGCUAUUGAGUUUCCCUCCCAGUUUGAGACCUUUGCGACAUUCCAGUUUACUUCCGACAAGCCUUUGAUAGGCUUCCUGACAGAGAUCAAGGGAUUCGACGGAGAAUUAACGGCAAUAGCAGUCGUCUGUCCCCAAGACCCGGUCCCCGCAACCUUGGCCGUAACCGAGCCAGCCUUUGCUUCUGCUACUGCAGUUCCGCUUUCUCUACCUCACUCCGCCGCAAUUCCUGUCACGCAGGAGAACCUGUUCGAGACACGGUAUCUGGCCGUCACUAAUUCAUGCGUCACUGGCGCUACAACUCGAGAUGUCCGGCGUAUCAAGUUCUCCUCCGGCGCCGAGGGUCGCUCGCGCCCUCCCGAUUCCGUAUCCGGUCUCCUAUUUCAAUACGAGAACCCUCUGCAGGAUAGAUACGUCGGGCAGUGGUUCAACGAGGUAGAUUCCCUAGAUCUCGACGAGGGAGAUUACGUAGCGCACAUAAAGGACGGAGGGUACUUGUGA